UCUUGUUACACAUAUAUUUAUUUUUUGGAAUCCCCAUUAGAUUAGAAAUCAUAAAAUAAAAUAUAUUUAUAUCUGUUGUUAGAAUCAAUAGAAAUGAGAGAGAUCGUAAGUAUACACAUUGGACAAGCAGGCAUUCAGGUCGGGAAUGCUUGCUGGGAACUUUAUUGUCUCGAACACGGAAUUCAAAAUGAUGGAUUCUUGCAAGGUGAGACCAGUGGAGACGAUUCAUUUAGUACCUUCUUCAGUGAAACGAGCUCUGGAAAGCAUGUACCCAGAGCUGUUUUUGUUGAUCUUGAACCUACCGUGAUUGAUGAAAUUAGGACCGGAAGCUACAGGCAGCUCUUUCAUCCUGAACAGCUCAUGUCUGGCAAAGAGGAUGCAGCUAAUAACUUUGCCAGAGGACAUUAUACAGUGGGAAAAGAAAUUGUUGAUCUGUGUCUUGACCGAGUGAGAAAACUAGCCGACAAUUGUACUGGAUUGCAAGGCUUUAUGGUUUUCAAUGCCGUUGGUGGUGGUACUGGUUCGGGAUUAGGAUCUUUGCUUUUGGAACGUUUGUCUGUAGAUUACGGGAAAAAGCCCAAACUGGGCUUCAGUAUCUUUCCAUCUCCACAGGUGUCAACUGCAGUUGUUGAGCCUUACAACAGUGUGCUAUCAACUCAUUCACUACUGGAACACACGGAUGUGGUGGUGUUGCUCGAUAAUGAAGCCAUAUACGAUAUAACCAGAAGGGCUUUAGACAUUGAAAGGCCAACUUACCAGAACUUGAACCGCUUGAUAUCUCAAACUAUCUCAUCUUUGACCACUUCCUUGAGAUUUGAUGGAGCCAUUAAUGUGGACAUAAAUGAGUUCCAAACGAAUCUGGUCCCAUACCCUCGUAUCCAUUUCAUGCUUUCAUCUUAUGCACCUGUGAUCUCUGCUGCUAGAGCAUUCCAUGAAAUGAGCUCAGUUGCAGAAAUUACAAGUUCUGUGUUUGAGCCCGCUAAUAUGAUGGCCAAAUGUGACCCGAGACAUGGCAAGUAUAUGGCAUGCUGUUUAAUGUAUCGUGGUGAUGUCCUUCCAAAGGAUGUUAAUACUGCAGUUGGUUCUAUGAAGACUAAACGAACUGUACAGUUUGUUGAUUGGUGUCCUACUGGUUUCAAAUGUGGAAUCAGCUACCAACCUCCCACAGUGGUACCCGGGGGCGAUCUUGCUAAAACAAGGCGUGCAGUCUGCAUGAUAAGCAACAACACUGCUGUUUCCGAGGUGUUUAACAGGAUUGACCACAAGUUUGACCUGAUGUAUGCAAAACGAGCAUUUGUGCAUUGGUAUGUGGGUGAAGGAAUGGAAGAAGGUGAAUUCUCAGAAGCCCGUGAGGAUCUUGCUGCUCUUGAGAAAGACUAUGAGGAAGUUGGGCAAGAUGCUGAAGAGGAGCAUGAAGAAGAAGAAGAAGAAGAAUAGUAGGUGCGUAUUUGUGCAAACAUGAUCCGAAGCUUCGCUUGGAAUGAAGCUCAGUUCAUGAAAUAUUCGCGGGCUUGGAUUAAAUUAGUCGUACACUCGAGUCUAAUAUAUGUUUUCACAUGCUCGAUUAGUUGACACCUGAUAUUCAUAAAUUUUAAGUCUUGAUUCGUGUAUAGGUUGAUGUAAAAAUAAAUUUAUAUCAUUUAUAUAUAUAAUUUAUGACUAAAA